AUGCCAGCCACGGAGGUGGCCCGCCUGGUGAAUGAGAUCUUGAACUGCAAACUCUUGGAGUCAGAGUGGCAGUUUGGCAAGCGGCCAUAUUCACACGCACUCCCGCCACCUGUGUCGGACGUGUUGCAGCUCCUCACGACCCAGCCGACAGCCGACGCCCUGGCGCAAGGCCAGGAGUACCUGCCGGACCGAGCGGUGAGUGACGCGGACGGCCCCGACUUGGGGGCGGCCGCUUUGGAGGAAGACGGCGCCACAGGUGGUGGCGAAGGGGCAGGCGGCUCCGGAGGAGGAGGCAGCCUCGAGACGUGGCCGGAUGACGAGGAGGAGGAGGCCGAGCCGCGCCGCCCGCCAGUUGCUAACAAGGCGGGGACGAGCUCCUCAGCGGCGCCACCCGCACCAGGCGGCGGACCAAAGCGUCGAGCCGGGACGCAGCUGCAAGGCGGCUGGCCGAAGAAGCCCAAGGGCUCGGUCGCAGCGACCAGGCGGGAGGAAGCGGCCGUGAAGGCAGCCUGGCUCCAGAGGGCCCCGAUGCAGCCGCCGAUGGUGUCCGCAGCCCCGCUCUCUCUUGAGCGGUCGGCCUCCACCUCCAUCGUCGGGGGGAUGGAGGGCUCCACCAACACCCGCCGCAUAGACCCGCUCGGCGACCUCCGGGAGGCAACGGAGAAGAACACGCGGGAGGCACGCAAGGAGAAGGAGAGGGCGGAGCAGGUGAAGGCGGACGCGGCCAAGGCAGCGCAGGAGGAGGCGGAUGCGGCGGCCAAGGCCCAGGAAGAUGCCGCGACCAAGGCCCGGGAGGAGGAGGCGAUCAAGGCCUAG